AUGUCAAAAAGAAGGAAGUGUGACGAGGCUGCAGAAUGUUCAAACCCCCAACCACUUUCUCAUGGAAUUGACGAAGCAAUGCAUCGUCCUAUUGGUGUUUACCUGCAAAGACGAAAAAAGACUAUAAGCAAGCCAACAACUACUGAAGACGAAGAGAAGGCUUCCCAGUCUAUGUGGGAGAUAAAGAAGAAGGAUAACGAAAUGAAAGAGGGGUUAUCUAAGAACAAGAUGCUGGACAGUCUCCUCUUGAAAACAGAGCCACUUUUUGAUACGAAUGUGCUCUCUAUGACAAACAAAUAA